GGCGCAUAGCUGGGACGUCAUCAAGGGCCGACGCACAAGCACAAGCAAGCAGCCGCAAUAAUGCUCUUCUACUCGUUCUUCAAGUCCCUGGUCGGGAAAGACGUGGUGGUGGAGCUGAAGAACGACCUCAGCAUCUGUGGAACGCUUCAUUCCGUUGAUCAGUACCUGAAUAUCAAGUUGACAGACAUUAGUGUCACCGACCCAGAGAAAUAUCCACACAUGCUGUCUGUGAAAAACUGUUUCAUCCGCGGAUCGGUGGUGCGAUACGUCCAGCUGCCAGCAGAUGAAGUGGACACUCAGCUGCUGCAAGACGCUGCGCGGAAAGAAGCCAUGCAGCAGAAGCAGUGAUGGGUCGGGGUCCGGGCGGGGCGGGGCUUUGUCAUGGAGUUAGGAUUAGUUCUAGUUUUGUGUUCCCUUUUUUUAAAGACGAUAAAUGUCAACAGCCCAUGCAGCUCUUGUCAAUAACUUGCCUGAUCACAGAGGAUUUAAGUACAUUCCCCAUAUUAUUGAUCAGUGAUUUGUAAAGCAGUUAGGAUUAUUGGACUUUUUCUUUAUCUCAGAAGCAGUUUAAGAUUCUUGAUAUGAUCCAGGUUUUUUUGUUUGGUUACGUGGAAAUUGAGACGAAUGCAAAUGAACAUCCAGAGAAGAUGGAUGAAAAUUUGAUGUUUAUGUUGACUGUUUUGUCCUGUAAACGAUUCUGACUUUUUGUUUUCAUGCCACUUGGAAAUAAAGAUUAUUUAUAUUUUCA